GUUGUGUUACAUCAAGCACAGCCCUGCCCCUUGCCAAACCCAGCACUACCCAGAGGCAGGGCGAAGGCACAGGAGCAGUUUCCAGCAGCAGGCAGCCCCCUCUCCAAGCUGGAAGCUGAGCGUAAUAACAUCAGGAUCCGUCCUGAGCAGUGUUUCCCCUAGCCAUGGAGGGGCAGCCCAGGCAAGGGUUACUGCUGUUGAUAUGACAGGGUUGCAGUGCAUCGGGAAGAGGAGAGGAGGAGUCACCACCACGCCAGGGCCACCUGAGUGAGAGACUCAGAAGGUGACUUCUGCACCCACUUAGCCAAGCAACAGCAAGAAGAGAAAGUUGCAGCUAGCAGGAUUCAGGAUGGACAUUAAGAAAGACCUCCCAGCCAUCGACAGCCAUCGAGACCUCCACAUAUGGAUCAUUGAGAACCUGAAGAUGGUGCCAGUACCUGAGAGGGCUUAUGGGAACUUCUUUGAGGAGCACUGCUAUAUCAUCCUCCAUGUUCCCCACAGUCCAAAGACCACACAGGAAGUAUCCAGCAACCUGCACUACUGGAUUGGGAAGGAGGCAGGCGCAGAGGCCCAGGAAGCCACAGAUGCCUUCAUGCAGCUCUUGGAAGAGGCACUGGGUGACCGGAUGGUGCAGCAUCGAGAAGCACAGGGCCAUGAGUCUGACUGUUUCCACAGCUACUUCCAUCCUGGAGUCAUCUACAGGAAGGGAGGCCCAGAAUCUGACCUCAAGCAUGUGGAGACCAACAUGUACAACAUCCAGAGACUGCUGCACAUCAUAGGGAGGAAGCAUGUGUCCGCUACCGAGGUGGAGUUAUCCUGGAACAGUUUUAAUAAGAGUGACAUCUUCCUGCUGGACCUGGGCAAGGUGAUGAUCCAGUGGAAUGGGCCCGAGACCAGCAUUUCCGAGAAGUCACGGGGCCUGGCCUUGACCUGUAGCCUCCGGGACAGGGAGCGUGGUGGGCGCGCACAGAUUGGUGUGGUGGAUGAUGAGGCUGAAGCCAGCGACCUCAUGCAGAUCAUGGAAGCUGUGCUGGGCUGCCGAGGGGGCAGCCUGAGGACCACUGUGCCCAAAAAGAGUAUCAACCAGCGACAGAAGGCCAAUGUCCGACUCUACCAUGUCUAUGAGAGGGGCACGGACCUGGUAGUUCAGGAAUUGGCGACCCACCCACUGACCCAGGACCUCCUGCAGGAGAAGGACUGCUACAUACUGGACCAGUGUGGCUUCAAGAUCUACGUGUGGCGGGGAAGCAGGUCCGGCCUACAGGAGAAAAAGGCUGCCUUUAGCAGGGCUGUGGGCUUCAUCAGGGCCAAGGGCUACCCGACCUACACUAGCGUGGAGGUGGUGAACGAAGGCGCCGAGUCUGUCGCGUUCAAGCAGCUCUUCCGUACGUGGUGCGGCGACCCGGGCUGCAAAAAGCCGGGCGGGCCGGGUAAAUUGACUCAGGUAAAGCUGGAUGUGGGAAAGCUACACAGCCAGCCUGAACUAGCGGCCCAGCUCAGGAUGGUGGAUGAUGGCUCUGGGAAGGUGGAGAUGUGGUGCAUCCAGAAUCGAGCCAGGCAGCCUGUGGACCCCAGGCAUCAUGGCCAGCUGAGCUCAGGCAGCUGCUAUCUUGUCCUCUACACAUACCAGAAGCUGGGCCGUGUCCAGUACAUCUUGUACCUAUGGCAGGGCCACCAGGCCACCGCAGAUGAGACCAAGGCCCUGAUCUACAACGCCGAGGAGCUGGACCUUAUGUACCAGGGAGCCCUGGUGCAGGUGCAUGUGACCAUGGGCAGCGAGCCCCCCCACUUCCUUGCCAUCUUCCAGGGUCAGCUGGUGGUCUUCGAGGAGAUCACUGGAAACAAUGGGAAGGGGCAGUCAGCACCGGCCACGAGGCUCUUCCAUGUACAAGGCACCGAGAGCCACAACACCAGGACCUUGGAGGUGCCAGCCCGAGCCUCAUCCCUCAUCUCCAGUGACAUCUUCUUGCUGGUCACAGCUGAUGCCUGCUACCUCUGGUUUGGGAAGGGCUGCAACGGUGACCAACGUGAGAUGGCGCGGAUGGUGGUCACUGUCAUCUCUGGAAAUAACAAGGAAACUGUUCUGGAGGGUCAGGAGCCUCCCCACUUCUGGGAGGUGCUGGGAGGCCGGGCCCCCUACCCCAGCAAGAGGCUCCCUGGGGAGGCCUCCGGCUUCCAGCCGCGACUGUUCGAGUGCUCCAGCCAGAUGGGCUGCCUGGUCCUCACAGAGGUGGUGUUCUUUGGCCAAGAGGACCUAGACAAGUAUGACGUCAUAUUACUGGACACCUGGCAGGAGGUCUUCCUGUGGCUUGGAGAAGCUGCAGGUGAAUGGAAGGAGGAGGCGGUGGCCUGGGGCCGGGAAUACCUGAAGACUCACCCAGCAGGGAGGAGCCUGGCCACACCCAUUGUGCUGGUCAAGCAGGGCCAUGAGCCUGCCACCUUCACAGGAUGGUUCUUUGCUUGGGAUCCCUACAAAUGGAUGAACAAACAGUCGUAUGAGGAAGUGAUGGAGGGAAGCCUGGGAUCAGGGUGUGCCAUCUCUGAGGUAACAGCGGAAGUCAACAACUUUCAGCCAUCCCAAAGGCUGGGCAAUAGGAGGACAGGUCCCUUGGCACGGCUGGCCCUCAAGGGCUCCCAGGACAGUUCACAGAAGGAGCUGGAGCAGGGCCCCAACAUGAAUACCGGCAUCGCCAGCACCAGGCCAACUGCCAGCAGCUGUGUCAGUGACACCUGCAUGGUUGUCAGUGGGAGUCUGCCCCGGGAACGGCUGAUGCACCAGGCUGCUGCAGACCUGCCGCAGGGUGUGGACCCCGCCCGCAAGGAGUCCUAUCUCUCAGAUUCUGACUUCCAAGAUAUCUUUGGGAAAUCCAAGGAAGAGUUCUACAGCAUGGCCAAGUGGAAGCAGCAGCAGGAGAAAAAGAAGCUGGGUUUCUUCUGAGCCAUCGGGGAAGCUGCUCCCACCCUGUUGGAGCUCCCAUCCCCAUCCUCCUUGUCAAUAAACGCUGGUGACCUGCACAA